GUUUUGGUCGGCCUCAACCUGAAAGGCUGAAACCGAUAAUAAUUCAGAAACUCUCUCUCUCUGAUUGUCUCCUCAAUCUUUUCCGCAUGCAUAAAUCCAGAACCGAGUAAUCAUAUAAGAAGAAACUGAGGGUUCAAUACGUCGUCGUUGUGAGUUGCAAAAAAUGUAUCAGUGGAGGAAAUUCGAGUUCUUCGAGGGAAAAUAUGGGGAAAGAAUCACAAUCCCGGAGGAGAUCAGUGGCAAAAUUGAAUGUUGUUCCAGCGGCCGAGGAAAAGUUGUACUGGGAUGCGACGACGGCACCGUUUCGUUGCUGGAUAGAGGGCUCAAGUUCAAUUCUCAAUUCCGAGCUCAUUCUUCUUCGGUCCUCUUCCUUCAACAACUCAAGCAAAGGAAUUAUUUGGUGACUGUUGGAGAAGAUGAGCAAUUGUCCCCGCAAUUUUCAGCAGUGUGUAUGAAGAUUUUUGAUCUGGAUAAGGUUCAACAGCAGCAUGAGGAGGAGGGUCCCAGCACCUUCAGUCCCGAUUGUGUUCAGAUUUUGCGAAUUUUUACUAACCAGUUUCCUGAAUCUAAGAUUACGUCCUUCUUAGUAUUGGAGGAAGCUCCACCUAUAUUGCUUGUUGCUAUUGGGUUGGAUAAUGGUUGUAUCUAUUGCAUUCAAGGGGACAUUGCUCGUGAGCGUAUCAAACGCUUCAAACUUCAAGCAGAUGCUUCCAUUACGGGCCUAGGGUUCCGAGUGGAUGGUCAGGUUCUUCAGCUAUUUGCAGUUACUCCAAGUUCAGUACAUUUGUUUAACUUGCAUACUCAACCUCCUACUGGUCAAAUGCUCGAUAAUAUUGGAUCCGAUGUCCCUAGUGUUGCUAUGAGUGAUCGCUCGGAGCUGAUCAUUGGACGACCAGAGGCAGUGUAUUUUUAUGAAGUUGAUGGUCGGGGACCUUGUUGGGCUUUUGAGGGAGAGAAAAAAUUUCUUGGAUGGUUUCGUGGAUAUCUUUUGUGUGUUAUUGCUGACCAAAGUACUGGAAAGUAUUCUUUCAAUGUUUAUGAUCUGAAAAAUAAGUUGGUUGCACACAGUGUUGUAGUCAAAGAAGUUUCUCACAUGCUUUGUGAAUGGGGUAAUAUAAUACUCAUUAUGGCUGACAAAUCAGCCCUAUGUAUUGGUGAGAAGGACAUGGAAAGUAAACUAGAUAUGCUUUUUAAGAAGAGUCUUUAUACAGUAGCCAUCAAUAUUGUACAGACCCAACAAGCUGAUGUUGCUGCAACUGCUGAGGUGCUGAGGAAAUAUGGGGAUCAUUUAUACUGUAAACAAGAAUAUGAUCAGGCUAUGCAUCAGUACAUAGACACAAUUGGUUAUCUCGAACCCUCGUAUGUUAUACAGAAGUUUUUAGAUGCACAAAGAAUUCACAACCUUACCAAUUACUUGGAGAAAUUACAUGAGAAAGGACUUGCAUCAAAAGAUCACACCACUCUGCUCUUAAACUGUUACACCAAACUGAAAGAUGUCGAGAAGUUGAAUCUGUUCAUCAAAAGUGAUGAUGGUGGUGGGGAAACUAAAUUUGAUGUAGAGACUGCUAUAAAAGUGUGCCGAGCUGCAGGUUAUCAUGAGCAUGCGAUGUAUGUUGCGAAAAGGGCUGGGAAGCAUGAAUUGUACUUGAAGAUUCUGCUUGAAGACUUGGGGAGGUAUAGUGAAGCAUUGCAAUACGUCAAUAGUCUUGAACCAAGUCAAGCUGGUGUAACAGUUAAAGAAUAUGGUAAAAUUCUGAUUGAGCACAAGCCUGCUGAGACAAUUGAUAUACUUAUGAGGCUAUGUACAGAAGAAGAACCAGCCAAAAGGGGCACCUCAAGUAGCACAUAUGUGUCGAUGUUGCCAUCUCCUGUUGAUUUUAUUAAUAUCUUUGUUCAUCAUCCCCAGUCACUUAUGGAGUUUCUUGAAAGAUAUACUAGUAAAAUGAAGGACUCACCUGCUCAAGGAGAAAUUCAUAACACGCUCUUGGAAUUGUAUUUAUCCCAUGACCUGGACUUCCCAUUCAUCUCGCUGACAAAUACUGGUGAAAAUGGUGCUGUGAUUUCUAAAGGACAUUCCAAUGGGAGAACAUUUAUUAAUCGACCAGAUGUAAGUGAGGGAAAAGAUCGUCGGGAAAGAUUUCAAAAGGGUCUAAACUUGCUUAAGGGUGCAUGGCCACCAGAACAAGAUCAACCAUUGUAUGAUGUUGGUCUGGCCAUAAUUUUGUGUGAAAUGAAUGCUUUUAAGAAUGGGCUUUUGUUUCUUUACGAGAAGAUGAAACUGUAUAAAGAGGUGAUUGCCUGUUACAUGCAAGCACAAGACCAUGAGGGUUUAAUAGCAUGCUGCAAAAGACUUGGGGAUUUGGGGAAAGGUGGUGAUCCUUCUCUUUGGGCAGAUGUACUGAAAUAUUUUGGUGAACUUGGGGAAGACUGCUCCAAAGAAGUAAAAGAAGUGUUGACUUACAUUGAGAGGGAUGACAUUCUGCCACCUAUUGUUGUUCUUCAGACCCUUUCUAGGAAUCCAUGCCUCACUCUCUCUGUCAUCAAGGAUUAUAUAGCUCGCAAGCUGGACCAUGAGUCAAAGCUCAUUGAAGAAGAUCGAAGAGCCAUUGAGAAGUACCAGGAAGAAACAUCAGCAAUGAGAAGAGAAAUUCAGGAUCUCAGGACAAAUGCAAGAAUAUUUCAGCUUAGCAAGUGUACUGCAUGCACUUUUACACUUGAUCUUCCUGCUGUGCAUUUCAUGUGUAUGCAUUCAUUUCACCAGCGCUGCCUUGGUGACAAUGAGAGAGAAUGCCCUGAGUGUGCUCCAGAGUACAGAUCUGUCUUGGAAACCAAGAGAAGCCUUGAGCAAAAUUCCAAUAACCAAGAUCAGUUCUUCCAGCAUGUUAGAAAUUCGAAAGAUGGGUUCUCUGUGAUUGCUGAAUACUUUGGGAAGGGGAUUAUUAGCAAAACUAGUACCAGACAGGCCGGUGCUUAGAUGAAAUGCGUUACUUUCAACCCAACUUCCAUCUUAUGUGUGCAAAUCUUUGUUUCUCUUUAUGGAAGUUCAACAGGAGAAUGUAGCAAUUAAUAAUGAGUAUAGCCAAGUCUUGAUUCAUUGCUAUAGUCAUCAACAAAAGUAUAUGUCGCGAGAAUGUGCGUCUAGAAGAACAUCAAAACAUAUGCGGUCUUGCUGAAUUUUGCCGUCUCUAUCGAACUUCAAACCAAGUUUGCGAGUGUGUUAUGUAUGUUUCAAGUUCCACGUAAUCCCCAAAUCUCUUCAUUUCAAUUUGAAUUUAAGCUACAUGGUGUAUUGUGCCUUUCUCCAACUUUGGGUUGUUCUAAUGGCAGGUUUUUGUCUC